AUGAGGAACCAUACCAUGUACUACGUGGCAGUGGUACUGGCGAUCGUACUGGGCGCAUCAUCGCUGGCGAACGCGGCGGUGACCCUGCAGCAGAAGGACGUGCUGAGGGCCUUCAUCGAAUCGAGGGCCCAGAAGCGCGCCAGCGGGCCGGCGGAGCCGGACACGUGGGCCGACCCGGCCAGCAGCUUCCGCCACCUGCCCACCAAGUGCGACAGCCCGCCGGCGGGCACCAGGGAGGCCGACAGGAUCGCGGCGCUGCCCGGCCAGCCCCCGCGCGUCAACUUCGACCAGUACUCCGGCUACGUCACGGUGAGCGAGGAGUACGGCCGCGCGCUCUUCUACUACUUCGUGGAGGCCCCCUACGAGGCCUCCUCCAAGCCGCUCGUGCUCUGGCUCAACGGCGGGCCCGGGUGCUCGUCGCUCGGCGCCGGCGCCAUGGCGGAGCUCGGCCCGUUCCGUGUGAACCCCGACGGGAAGACCCUGAGCCGAAACAGGCAUGCCUGGAACAAUGUGGCGAAUGUGAUCUUCCUGGAGUCGCCGGCGGGCGUCGGGUUCUCCUACUCGAACGCUUCGGUGGAGAGCGGCGACGCGGGGACCGCGGUGGACGCCUACCUCUUCCUGCUCAACUGGCUGGAGAGGUUCCCCGAGUACAAGGGCCGCGACUUCUACAUCGCCGGCGAGAGCUACAGCGGGCACUACGUCCCCCAGCUCGCCACCGUCAUCGUCGCCCUCGCCGAAUUCGGUCUCACAGACGUGAACCUCAAGGGCAUCUUCGUUGGCAACCCGUACCUCGAUGACUACAUGAACACAAAGGGAUCGUACGAGUUCUUGUGGAACCACGGGGUGAUCUCGGACGAGGUGUGGGGCAACAUCAGCGAGCACUGCAGCUUCGGGCGGUUCGAGGGCACAGCGUGCGGCGAGGCCAAGAAGUCGUUCAAAAUCGGCGACAUCGACCGAUACAACAUCUACGCCCCGGUCUGCAUCGAGUCGCCGGACGGGAGCCUCCACUCCAGCAGCUACUUACCAGGCUAUGAUCCGUGCAUCGGGGCCUACAUCGCCGCCUACUUCAAUAAUCCUAAGGUGCAGAAGGCUAUGCAUGUUCGAACCAACACCAAGUGGUCAGAGUGCGCCGGUGAUAUGGACGAUGUGUGCCCGAUUACCGCCACGAGGUACUCUGUCAAGGAUCUCAAUAUGGCAAUCACAAAACCGUGGCGUCCAUGGUACACCCCUGACAGCGAGGUUGGAGGCUACGCUCAGCAAUACGAGGGAGGGUUCACGUUUGCGUCGGUGCGAGGAGCUGGCCAUAUGGUCCCUAGCUUCCAGCCCAAGAGAUCACUUGUUCUUUUCUACUCCUUCAUGAAAGGUGUUCUGCCACCGGCGGUCUCAGUACGGCGCCCAUGA